CUUACCCAUCUCUGAGUGCCGGCGCAUGCCUAACAUUUCCAGAGUGACGAACAAAAACAUCUGACAGAGAGCGAGAAACAGCAGUUUCGAGUGAAGGAAAAGCCCUCUCUCUCUCUCUUUACGCUAAACUUUCACCUAAGACAUAGAAAAAUACUUUCUCUCUCUAAAUUUGUGCUAGACCUUGCCUUAUAUUCUGCUAUAAUCUGCCCGAUGCCAUCGAAGCGUUGACACACUCUAAUUUCUUCAAAAAAUAGCUCUGCAUCAUCAAAUUCCUCUGCUUCCAUGGUGAAAUUUUAUGCAUUUUCUCUCUCUUAAUCACUGUAUGUCCAUAAAAAAUAUCACCAAAUACAUGGAGGUCUGCCACAUUUAUCAGCUCCUAUGUGUUAUCUCUGCAACUCUAUGUGCCAUAGUUGAAGGGCGAGUCCAUGGCUUUUAUGGAAGUUCUAAUUUGCCAAAAACCGAUCUCAAUGAUUCUUUGGCUUAUAUUUGGCCAUUGCCAAAACAAUUCACUCAUGGAAACCUGACUGUUUCCAUUAGCCCUGAUCUUGUUCUUGAAGUUGAAGGGAAAGGUGUGAUCAGAGAUGCAUUCGAAAGGUAUAAAAAGCUAAUUUUCAAGCAUCACGCGAAGUAUUCAAGUUCAGAAGUGAGAGAGAAUUUCGAUUAUGAUGUACACAGGCUGAAGAUUGUUGUUUAUUCCGAUGAUGAAAAUCUCCAACUUGGAGUGGAUGAGAGCUAUUCCUUAUAUGUGACCUCUGGACAAGGUUCCUCUAUUAUUCAAGAAGCAACUAUCGAGGCAAAUACCAUUUAUGGAGCUUUGCAUGGAAUGGAGACAUUCAGCCAACUGUGUGAUUUUAAUUUCGUAACUAAAAGGGUUGAAUUAUCAAAGGCACCAUGGUUCAUUCAAGAUGAGCCUCGAUUUGCUUUUCGUGGGCUUCUCCUUGAUACUUCACGUCACUACCAACCAAUAAAUGUAAUCAAGCAAGUCAUUGACUCCAUGGCAUAUGCUAAACUUAAUGUUCUCCAUUGGCACAUCAUAGAUGAGCAGUCAUUUCCUCUAGAAGUUCCCUCCCUUCCUAAUUUAUGGGAUGGUUCAUACACAAAGUGGGAGCGCUAUACAGUCGAAGAUGCUAGUGAAAUUGUUGAGUUUGCCAAGACAAGAGGCAUCAAUGUUAUGGCAGAAAUUGAUAUCCCUGGUCAUGCAGAAUCAUGGGGUGCUGGUUAUCCUGAUCUUUGGCCUUCAGCUACUUGUCGUGAGCCACUUGAUGUCAGCAAAAAUUUUACAUUCGAUGUGAUUUCUAGUAUUUUGGCAGACAUGAGGAAGAUUUUCCCUUUUGAGCUUUUCCAUUUGGGGGGAGAUGAGGUCAAUACAGAUUGUUGGAACUCUACCCCACAUGUGAAACAAUGGCUGCAAGAUCACAACAUGACUGCAAAAGAUGCAUACCAGUAUUUUGUAUUGAGAGGGCAACAGAUUGCAAUUGCUCAAAAGUGGACUCCUGUAAACUGGGAAGAGACCUUCAAUACAUUCAAGGAAAAUCUUAGCCCACAAACAGUGGUGCACAAUUGGUUGGGUCCUGGUGUUUGUCCACAAGCAGUUGCUAAAGGCUUCAAAUGCAUUGUAAGCAAUCAAGGUGUAUGGUACUUAGAUCAUCUAGAUAUUCCUUGGGAAGACUUCUAUACUAGUGAGCCAUUAGAAGGGAUUGAUGAUGCUUCCCAUCAAAAACUUGUUCUUGGUGGAGAGGUUUGCAUGUGGGGUGAGACUGUUGAUGCCUCUGAUGUUCAGCAAACAAUAUGGCCACGUGCUGCUGCUGCUUCAGAGCGUUUGUGGAGUCCGAGGGAUGCCACUUCCACUGGACUUGAUACUGUAUUACAAAGAUUAGAAUAUUUUAGAUGCUUGCUUAAUCAAAGGGGAAUAGCAGCUGCUCCAGUCGCCAAUGAAUACGCUAGAAGGCCUCCUAUUGGUCCUGGAUCCUGCUAUGCUCAGUAAGUUGAGCUUAUCUAUGAAUGUGAAAUUUCACGUGUAUUGUGACUAUGUUAUGUAAGUCAUCUACUCUGUAAAUAAUGUGGUCUUCCUUGUUGUGCUGAUAAGAUUAUUGCUUUAACUUGGUACCUGGAAUUUGUUCCGAGUUUAGUGUGAAUUAGUGUUUUCUAUGAUUAUUUGGGUUUGUAUAAAAACUUUGUUGGAAAAUAAUGGUGAUUUCAAUUCAGGUA